CUAAAAGAUAAUUUUAUUUUAUUCUGGCAAUUUAGAACUGGCAAUUGAUAUAUUUUUUUAUGAUAAUUUCAUGUUUGAUAUUUAACGAAGGUAUUUUAAAUAAAAAUUUGAAUGAAAAAAAAAUAUGCCCGUUUGAAGACGGUACCACAGAAUAUGCUGCUGAAAUUGGUGACAUAGUAACAUUAAAACUAGCUUACGAGAGUGGUUGUGAAUGGGAUGAUGAUACGACUUCUGAAGCUGCUGCAAAUGGACAUUUCGAAUGUUUAAAAUAUGCCCAUGAAAAUGGCUGUAGCUGGGAUAAAGAAACAACAAGAGCAGCCGCUAGUUAUGGUAAUUUAGAAACCUUAAAAUAUGUUCAUGAAAAUGGCUGUAGCUGGGAUGAAGAAACAACAAGUUACGCUGCUGAAAAUGGACAUUUAGAAUGUUUAAAAUAUGCACAUGAAAAUGACUGCAGUUGGAAUGAAGAAACAACAAGAGACGCUGCUGCAAAUGGACAUUUAGAAUGUUUAAAAUAUGCACAUGAAAAUGACUGCAAUUGGAAUGAAGAAACAACAAGAAAAGCUGCUUUGAAUGGACAUUAUGAAUGUUUAAAGUAUGCACAUGAAAAUGGAUGUCCAUGGGAUGACGGUAUACUUACUGCGUCUAUUAAAAAAAGUAGUUUAAAAAUUUUAAAUUAUUUACUUGAAAAUAAAUGUCCAUGUGAUGAAAAAACAACACAAGCUGCUGCCAGUUAUGGUAAUUUAAAAUGCCUAAAAUAUGCUCAUGAAAAUGGAUAUCCAUGGGAUGUAAGCACAACGCUAAAUGCUGCUGAAAAUGGGCAUUUAGAAUGUUUGAUCUAUGCACAUGAAAAUGGAUGUCCAUGGGAUGAAAGGACAACGAUAUAUGCUGCAACAAAUGGGCAUUUAGAAUGUUUGAUCUAUGCACAUGAAAAUGACUGCAGUUGGAAUGAAGAAACAACAAGAAAAGCAGCUUUGAAUGGCCAUUAUGAAUGUUUAAAAUAUGCACAUGAAAAUGGAUGUCCGUGGGAUGUAACCACAACGAUAGCUGCUGCAUUAAAUGGGCAUUUAGAAUGUUUAAUCUAUGCACAUGACAAUGACUGCACAUGGAAUAAAACAACAAUAAGUAAAGCGGCUUUGAAUGGACAUUUCGAAUGUUUAAAAUAUGCACAUGAAAAUGGAUGUCCGUGGGAUGUAAAGACAACGAUAGCAGCUGCAACAAAUGGGCAUUUAGAAUGUUUAAUAUAUGCACAUGAAAAUGACUGCAGUUGGAAUGAAGAAACAAUCAGUAAAGCUGCUUUGAACGGACAUUUCGAAUGUUUAAAAUAUGCACGCGAAAAUGGAUGUCACUGGAAUGAAGACAUAACUAGUGAUGCUGCUAUAGGUGGUAAUUUAAAUUGUGUAAAUUUUGCUCGCGAAAAUGGAUGUCGAUUUAAUGAUGACAUAAUUAUAGAAGCUAAAAUAAGUGGCAAUUUAGAAAUUUUAAAAUAUGCACAUGAAAAUGGAUUUCCAUGGCCUGAAGGAACAACAAACGUAGCAGCAAGAAUAGAUGAAUUAGAUUUUUUAAUAUAUGCUCAUGAAAACGGUUGCAAAUGGGAUGAAGAUACAUUAGUUAAUGCUGCCGUGAAUUGUCAUUUUAAAAUUUUAAAAUAUGCACAUAAAAAUGGAUGUCCUUUAGAUGAUAGGAUAAUUACUGUGGCUAUCAAUAAGGGUGAUUUAGACAUUUUAAAAUAUGCACAUAAAAACGGAUGUCCAUUAGAUGAUAGGAUAACUAUUGUGGCUGUGGAUAAUGGAUAUUUUGAAAUUUUAAGAUAUGCACAUAAAAAUGGAUUUCCAUGGCCUGAAGGAACAACAAAAGCAGCUGCGAGAUAUGGCAUAUUAUGGUUUAUAAAAUAUGCUCAUGAAAACGGUUGCAAAUGGGAUGAAGAUACAAUAGUUACAGCAGCCAUGAAUGGUAAUUUUGAAAUUUUAAAAUAUGCACAUGAAAAGGGAUGUCCAUUAGAUGAUAGGAUCAUUAGUGUAGCUAUUGAAAAUGGUUAUUUUAAAAUUUUAAAAUAUGCACAUGAAAAUGGAUUUCCAUGGCCAGAAGGAACAACAAAAGUAGCUGCAAGUUAUGGUAACUUAGAAUUUUUAAAAUAUGCUCAUAAAAACGGUUGCAAAUGGGAUGAAGAUACAAUAGUUACAGCAGCCAUGAAUGGUAAUUUUGAAAUUUUAAAAUAUGCACAUGAAAAUGGAUGUCCAUUAGAUGAUAGGAUCAUUAGUGUAGCUAUUGAAAAUGGUUAUUUUAAAAUUUUAAAAUAUGCACAUGAAAAUGGAUUUCCAUGGCCAGAAGGAACAACAAAAGUAGCUGCAAGUUAUGGUAACUUAGAAUUUUUAAAAUAUGCUCAUAAAAACGGUUGCAAAUGGGAUGAAGAUACAAUAGUUACAGCAGCCAUGAAUGGUAAAUUUGAAAUUUUAAAAUAUGCACAUGAAAAUGGAUGUCCAUUAGAUGAUAGGAUCAUUAGUGUAGCUAUUGAAAAUGGUUAUUUUAAAAUUUUAAAAUAUGCACAUGAAAAUGGAUUUCCAUGGCCAGAAGGAACAACUAAAGUAGCUGCAAGUUAUGGUAACUUAGAAUUUUUAAAAUAUGCUCAUAAAAACGGUUGCAAAUGGGAUGAAGAUACAUUAGUUACAGCAGCCAUGAAUGGUAAAUUAGAAAUUUUAAAAUAUGCACAUGAAAAUGGAUGUCCAUUAGAUGAUAGGAUCAUUAGUGUAGCUAUUGAAAAUGGUUAUUUAAAAAUUUUAAAAUAUGCACAUGAAAAUGGAUUUCCAUGGCCAGAAGGAACAACAAAGGUAGCUGUAAGUUAUGGUAACUUAGAAUUUUUAAAAUAUGCUCAUAAAAACGGUUGCAAAUGGGAUGAAGAUACAUUAGUUACAGCAGCCAUGAAUGGUAAAUAUGAAAUUUUAAAAUAUGCAUAUGAAAAUGGAUGUCCAUUAGAUGAUAGGAUCAUUAAUGUAGCUAUUGAUAAUGGUUAUUUUAAAAUUUUAAAAUAUUUACAUGAAAAUGGAUUUCCAUGGCCUGAAGGAACAACAAAAGUAGCUGCAAAUUAUGGUAAUUUAGAAUUUUUAAAAUAUGCUCAUGAAAACGGUUGCAAAUGGGAUGAAGAUACAAUAGUUACAGCAGCCAUGAAUGGUAAAUAUGAAAUUUUAAAAUAUGCACAUGAAAAUGGAUGUCCAUUAGAUGAUAGGAUCAUUAGUGUAGCUAUUGAUAAUGGUUAUUUUAAAAUUUUAAAAUAUGCACACGAAAAUGGAUUUUCAUGGCCUGAAGGAACAACAAAAGUAGCUGCAAAUUAUGGCAAUUUAAAAUUUUUAAAAUAUGCUCAUGAAAACGGUUGUAAAUGGGAUGAAGAUACCUUAGAUACAGCAGCCAUAAAUGGUAAUUUUGAAAUUUUAAAAUAUGCACAUGAAAACGGAUGUUCAUUAGAUGAUAGGAUAACUACUGUGGCUAUCGAAAAUGGUUAUUUUAAAAUUUUAAAAUAUACACAUGAAAAUGGAUUUCCAUGGCCUGAAGGAACAACAAAAGUAGCUGCAAAUUAUGGUAAUUUAGAAUUUUUAAAAUAUGCUCAUAAAAAUGGUUGUCUAUGGGAUGACGGUACAAUAGUUAUAUCAGUCAUAAAUGAUAAUUUUGAAAUUUUAAAAUAUGCACAUAAAAAUGGUUGUCCAUGGGAUGACGGUAUACUUACUGUGGCUAUUAAUAGAAGUAGUUUAAAAAUUUUGAAUUAUCUAAUUGAAAAUGGAUGUCCGUGUGAUGAAAAUACAACACAAGCUGCUGCCAGUUAUGGUAAUUUAGAAAUCUUAAAAUAUGCAAUUGAAAACGGUUGCAAAUGGUAUGACGGUAUAAUAGUAACAGCAGCUAUGAAUGGUAAUUUUGAAAUUUUAAAAUAUGCACAUGAAAAUGGAUGUCCAUGGGAUUAUGACACAACUAGAGCUUCUGCAGCAAGUGGUUGUUUAGACUGUUUAAAAUAUGCUCAUGAAAAUGAGUGUCCAUGGCAUGAAGAAACAUUAAAUACAGCUGCCGCACAUGGUAAUUUAGAUUGUUUAAAAUAUGCAUAUGAACAUGGAUAUAAUUGGACUGAAGGUACGAUGAGAGGCGCUGCUGCCAAUCGACAAUUAGAAUGCAUCAAAUAUGCCUAUGAAAACGGUUGUAAAUGGGAUGAGGGUACAACAAGGGAAGCAGUAGCAAGUGGUUGCAUUGAUUGUCUGAAAUUUGCUCAUAAAAAUGGAUGUAAUUGGGAUGAAGGUACAAUAGUUACAGCUGCCAUGCGCGGAAAUUUAAGUUGCUUAAUAUAUGCCCAUGAAAAUGGAUGUAAAUGGGAUGAAGGCACCACAAGACUUGCUGCUGCAAAAGGUCAGUUUCGUUGUUUAAAAUAUGCCCAUGAACAUAAUUGUCCAUGGAGUAUAAAUACCAUUUAUGAAGCUACUCGAAGAGGUUUUUUGGAAAUAAUCAACUAUGCUAACAAGAAUGGCUGUAUUAAUUAGUUUUCUGAUAAAAUAUUAUUUAUAUUUUACAUUCCAUUACAUUAUAGUUUAAAUAAAUCGUCAUGAGCUAAAAUGAUAAUUAUUAUAUUGAGAGCAAUAAUGUAAUUUUACUUGCUUAAUAAAUACUAUUUUUGAAAUUAUAACCAAUAAUCUUAAUAAUAAAUUUUCCAAUCAUGUAAUUAAUGUUCAAUACACAAUAAAUAUAAAA